CUAAUGAUUAGGAUACUUGUGUAUCAGAAAAAAAAAUAGUGUAUAAAAUCUCUACAAUAUAUGUAUUUUCUAACCCCCGCCCUCUCUCCGGCUCUUCUUUCUCUACACAGUGGAUAAGCUUCUAACUCCACAAUUAGUGAGCAUUAUUUCAAGUAAGCUUCUGUUUGUUUCUCACUCUAUUUUGUAGAUCUGGGCUUCUUGAUCCUAUGAUUUCAAUGGGAUUUUCAUUCACAUAGUCAUCGGUCCUUCAAAUCAUUGAGCCAGAUUCUCUCAAAAAAGCCAGUAACCAUGCUUUCCACAUGUCUUUCACCACCCUGUGUCCCCAUUUUAAAGCCCCAAAGGCCUCAAAAAGUGGUGACUUUGGGUAAUGGAGAAAAUCGAUUCUCUCUCAUGGAUUUGUAUAUUCAGAAAAGUGGGCCUUUUAGUGCUAAAGAAAGGGGUGCAACGCAUAGAGCUCCCGCUUUCACUGCAAAGUCCCAGGUUUUACAGAGGGCUUUAGCCAUGGUUGCUUCCUUUUCGAUCAUUCUGAGCUCAAAUCCAGUUCAUGCAGGCAUACUCUCUGGGUUCUCGGGCUUGGAAUCCAUCCCUGGUCCUCAGCUUCCACAGUUUGAUUUCUUGACACGAUUCAAUGAGAACCAGAAGAAGUAUGCUGAACAGGAUGCUAGGUUUAAGUCCACUACCGUGCUUAAAGAACUAUUGGAGCGUUCCAAGUUGAACAAACAAAGGAACCAACAAGAAAUUCAGGAUAAAUACUGCAUUCGAGGUGCCGAAUGGGGUGUUGGAGAUUGUUCCACUCAAGGGAUGACAUCUGAAGACAGAGAAACUUUCAUUGCCACCUUGAAAGCGAAAAGCACAGCAAAGUAACCCAUUUGUAUUUUUUUUAGUAAAUGGUCUCUCUUUCUUUUCAAGUUAGAUCAAAGUGAAGAAAAGUGUGCCCUCAAGAGAAAGUAAUGUUCUUCAAAUUUAUAUCAUUGUAUGUAUGAUCUUUCUUUGAAACAUGAUGGGGAUUGAGUUGGCUAAACUCAUUUGGAUUUUCAUUGGAUUUCUUGUAAUAGACAGAGGAAACAUUUUUAUGUGUUCCAUACCCA